CAGGUCCGAUCCCGGCCCUCUUGCACCCUGAUCUGAGCCCCCCCGGCCGAGAGCUCUAACCUGCCGCCACCGAAAGCCCUAAAGAUGAACAAGGAAACCACCGAGGUCUCAGAAAACAGCCACCACCUGAAGGUCUUCCUGCCCAAGAAGCUGCUGGAGUGCGUGUCCAAGUGCCCCGGCUUGCCGAAGGAGCGCCUGCGCUGGAACACCAACGAGGAGAUCGCCUCCUACUUGAUCACCUUUGAGAAACAUGAGGAGUGGCUUUCGUGCUCGCCCAAGACCAGACCCCAGAACGGCUCCAUCAUUCUGUACAACCGCAAGAAGGUGAAGUACCGGAAAGACGGCUACUGCUGGAAGAAGCGGAAGGACGGCAAGACCACCCGCGAGGACCACAUGAAGCUGAAAGUGAAGGGGGUGGAGUGUCUCUACGGCUGCUACGUUCACUCGUCCAUCGUCCCCACAUUCCACCGGCGCUGCUACUGGCUGCUGCAGAAUCCGGACAUCGUGCUGGUGCACUACCUGAACGUCCCGGCCGUCGAGGACUGCGGCAAGCCCUGCGGGCCGGCCCUGUGCUCCAUCGGCAGCGACCGCAAGGAGUGGCUGAAGUGGUCGCAGGAGGAGCUGGUGGGCCAGCUCAAGCCCAUGUUCCAUGGGAUCAAGUGGACCUGCAGCAGCGGGAACGGCACCGCAGAGUUCUCCAUCGAGCAGCUGGUGCAGCAGGUCCUGGAGAGCCACCAGGCCAAGGUCCCUCGGACGCACGCCUGCCUCUGCAGCAGCGGCCUGGGCAGUCCCGGGCACGUCCCUCACAAAUGCAGCAGCACGAGGCACCGGAUCAUCUCCCCCAAGCUGGAAGUCCGCCCCGGCCCCCACCCCGCCCUGACGGACGUGCGGAACGUCUCGGGGGGCCCCGAGGUCAAGGCUGACCCGGAGCCGGCCAGGCCCCCCGGCCCCGACAGCACGGACCGCAACGGGGCCCCGGCCGCCUCGCCCGGCGGGGCCGACGCCGUCCCCGACUCCACGCAGCCCUCGCCCGGCCCGGCCCGGCCCGGCGGCUUCCCUGCGCCCGAGCUGCCAGCCGUCACCCUGGCCGUCGGCCUCCCGGCCAGCAUCCUGGUCAUGACGGGGCUGGGCGGCGCCGAGAAGCCGCUGGCGCUGACCCCCAGCCAGCACCUGGUCUCGGGGGACGGCGGGGGCGCGCCAGCCACCCCGCUGGGCCUGGCGCUGCUGCCCGGCCCGGGCCUGGUGCUCUCGCAGAGCCUGGGCACUGGCAUGGAGGCGGGCGAGGCGGGCGAGGCGGCCUUCGACCCGGACCGCUUCCUGAACAGCCCCAAGCGGGGCCAGACCUAUGGGGGCGGGCCGGGGCUGCAGCCCAAGCCGGAGCCCCCGGAGGACGCCGCCCCCCCGCCCUUCCCGCUCUACCUGCCCGCCAACCGCUUCUUCAUCCAGGACGACCCGGCCGGGCAGCCGCCGGCCCCGGGCGCGCCCCCCGCCACGGCCGGCCCCGAGCCCAGGGGCGCCCCCGAGGUGCCCAUGGAGACGGCGGGCGAGGGGGGCCCUCUGGCCGGGCCGGGGCCCCCCGGGGACGGCAAGCCGGCCCGGGCGGCGGCAGCCGAGAUCUCGGCGACGGAGCUGCAGGAGGAGCUGUACUCCAUGAUCCAGACGGUGGCGGCCGCGGCCGCGGGCAGCUCCUUCGGCCUCUCGUUCGACAGCCACUUCCCCGACCUCAUCAGCGAGCUCCUGCCCGACGAGGCCGCGAGCUGCGGCGCCCGUGGCAUGGAGGGGGCCGAGGGCCCGGGGCCCGCCCUGCCGGAGCCGCUGGUGGAGCCCAGCUUUGGGGCCAAGGGGCCCCCCGGGGGUUCGCCCCAGCCCCUGGUGUCCAUCACGGACUUCUCGCCCGAAUGGUCCUACCCUGAGGGCGGCGUCAAGGUGCUGAUCACGGGCCCCUGGACCGACGAGACGGAGCGGUACCACUGCCUCUUCGACCAGGUCGCGGUGCCGGCCUCCCUCAUCCAGCCCGGGGUGCUGCGGUGCUACUGCCCAGCGCACGAGGCCGGGCCGGCGCCCCUGCACGUGGCCACGCAGGACUCCCGCCUGCUCUCGUGGCCGGUCCUGUUCGAGUACCGGGCCCGCAACUUCCUGGCGCCCCCCAGCACGCCGCUGGACUGGCUCUCGCUGGAUGAUAACCAGUUCAGGAUGUCCAUCUUGGAGCGCCUGGAGCAGAUGGAGAAGCGCAUGGCUGAGAUGGUGGCCUCCGCGGGGCCCCCCACGCAGCCGCGGGGGGAGAGGAAGCCCCCCAGCCAGGUGAGGGGGGGCGGUGCCGCCCCGGACGCCUUCGAGGAGCGCAUCGUGGCCCUGUGCGAGACGAUGAUGGGCCAGUCCUGCUGGCUGCGCUCCGAGACCCUCGUGCGCCACUCCAGCUUCCGGGGGAUGACGCUGCUGCACUUGGCCGCCGCCCAGGGCUACACCCGCCUGAUCGAGAGCCUGCUCAAGUGGCGGACCCUCGGCGCGCAGAGCCUGGACCUGGAGCAGGAGGUCGACCCGCUCAACGUCGACCACUUCUCCUGCACGCCGCUGAUGUGGGCCUGUGCCCUGGGCCACAUGGACGCGGCCCGCCUCCUCUACCACUGGAACCGCCACGCCCUCUCCAUCCCGGACUCCCUGGGCCGCCUGCCGCUCACCGUGGCUCGUUCCCGGGGCCACGUCAAGCUGGCCACGUGCCUGGAGGAGCUGCAGCGCCAGGAAGAGGCGGCCCCGGACCCGCCGGGCCCCGAGCCCGCUGCGGAGCGCCCCGGGAGCGCCAGCAAGGCGUGUGGGGGCCCCCGGCGCCCCGCGGAAGCGCUGCACAUCCCGUCCCCGCUCUCGGCUAGCCCGGACACAGGGCUGAGCACCGCCAGUGGCGUCUCCUCCCCCUCCGAGCUCUCCGAGGGCUCCCUCUCCGUCGCCUCGGCCUACUCCAGCGCCUCGGCCCUGCGCGAGUCCCCGGCCUACAGCCCCGAUGCGGAGGGGGCCAUGGACGUCUGCCAGCCCCCCGUGCCGGACGGCAUCGCCAGGUGGUACCUGCGGGAUGCCCCCAGCCCCCCCGGCCUGCCGCACACCCCCUUCUUCAUGGACUACGAUGAAGUGGGGGCCGCGGCCCUGGCCGGCGGGACGGAGCCGGACCUGGAGCCCGAGCUGCUGGGCUAUGAGGAGAACACUGAGAACCAGGGGUACCUGCCAGCUGUGGACGCCCUGCAGGUGGACGUGAUCACGCUGGCCAAGCAGAUCGUGGAGGCCACGCCGGAACACAUCAAGCAGGAGGACUUCAGCUCCGCCGAGACGCCCCUGCGAGAGCGGCCGGGGAACGUGGGCCUGAGCGAGACCAUGUCCUGGCUGGCCAGCUACCUGGAGAGCGUGGACCAGCUGCCCAGCGCCUCCCAGCGGCGGUCCCCCUCGGGCCACGGCUGCCUCAGCCCACUGCACUCGCCGCUGGGCGACCUGGCUCUCGAGCGCCUCCCGCCCCCGCCCACGGCGGCCGGCUGGGCCGAGUUCCUCAACGCCUCCGCCAACGGGAAGAUGGAGAGCGAGUUCGCCCUGCUGACGCUCUCGGACCACGAGCAGCGAGAGCUGUACGAGGCCGCCAAGGUCAUCCAGACGGCCUUCCGCAAGUACAAGGGCCGGCGGCUGAAGGAGCAGCAGGAGGUGGCGGCUGCCGUCAUCCAGCGAUGUUACCGCAAGUACAAGCAGCUCACCUGGAUUGCGCUGAAGUACGCGCUCUACAAGAAGAUGACGCAGGCGGCCAUCCUGAUCCAGAGCAAGUUCCGCAGCUACUACGAGCAGAAGAAGUUCCAGCAGAGCCGGCGCGCGGCGGUCCUGAUCCAGCAGUGCUACCGCAGCUACAAGGAGUACGAGAGGCUGAAGCAGGGGCACCGCGCCUCGUCCGCCAUGCAGCAGAAGAUCAAGGGAACCUUCCUCACCAAGAAGCAGGAUCAGGCCGCCCGCAAGAUCAUGCGGUUCCUGCGGCGGUGUCGACACAGGAUGAAGGAGCUGAAGCAGCGCCAGGAGGUGGAAGCCCCCGGCCAGAAGCGCGGCCUGGCGACUUAGCUGGCGGCGGUGGCGGCAAGGGAGAGCGGACGGCUGCGGGCCGGCCCGCUCUGCAGGAGCGGCGGGAGGCCACGCUUGGCCGUCCGCGCGUUCCCCCGCUCCAGGACUGUGCAAUAGAGACAGAGCCUCUGCCCCGCUGCGGGCAGGGGCAGUGGCGGUGCCCGAGCACCGAGGCCUCGGGCCGAGGCCCCGCACGCUUCGCCUUACGCCUGUGCCAAGCCCGGCCCUUCCCUCCCGGGGUGAGCCGGCCCGGCGGGCGGCAUGCCAGGGCCCCCGGGGGGAGCGCCUCACCCUGCCCCCCAGACGCCAGGGAGGGCCCGGUGGCUCCACUCCCCCCUCCUCUCCCUGCAAUGCACUUUGGACCCCCGGGCGCCUCCCCGGGGCCCGGCGCACGGUGCCACGGGGGCUCUGCGGCCCCCUUCCCGGGCCCAGCCCUGGGCCGCUCGCCCCUCCCGCCUGCCCUGCUGCUUCCUUCUGUACAUAUUUGUAACAUACGGACAGAGACAAAGGCUAUGCUUCAGAAAUCUAUUUAAGGUGAAGGCCCGACACUUCACUCCGGGGGGGGGGGCGGGGGCGAUGCAUGGAUUUUAAUUUCGGAGCCAUACCCACAUCGUCGUGUAUUUAAACUCCCACCGGUCACUCCUCUCCAUCCGCCAUUUCUACAUUUUUUGCAUGAGUUUUGUUUGUUUGUACAAAUUUUCAUUAAACAACGAUGAAAAGCA